AUGCCACCCUUCGUUCCCCGUAAGCGUGUCUCCUCCGAGGAUCCGCCCACAGCCAAGCGUCCAAAUGUCACCCCCGUCGUCGAGAUCGCAGACUUUGAUGAAGAUUCCGAUUCCGAUUCCGAUUCCUCCUUGAGUGACGCCCCCAGCUCGGAUGAUGAACCCAAAGCUGGACAGGCUGUCCAGAAACAAAAGAAAGCUCCAGAGGACUCCGAAUCCGAAGAUGACGACGAGGUGGACUGGGAGGACGCAUUCGACUCCAAAUCCGUCCCUGCGCCGACUCCUCUGUCGCUCGCUGUACCCGUGCAAGAUCUUGAAUUGACGCUGGACAAGAACGAUCUUCACGUGCCCGAGACUUUUGACAGCAAGAAGGGCCCUACGAAAAUCGAACGCCAGAUCCGCAUCGCCACCCACUGUCUACACGUCCAGUUCCUGCUUUACCAUAACGCGGUCCGCAAUGCCUGGGCUAGCGAUGCGAAACUCCACGAGACUUUACGUCGCAAGCUUCCCGCUGGAAUACAUAAAGAGGUGAAGAAAUGGCGCGUCGCUUCUGGCCUGGAGCUUCCGGAGAAGAAGCCGGAGGAGAAGAAGUCGAAAAGGAAGAAAGGCAAGCAGGCACGCAAACCGGACCGGGAUUGGGGGGACGAGUCAUCGCGUCUGGAGCCGGGGCGGCCAGACAUGAGUCGCGGGGACCCCAUCAUCUCGCUACUCAAGAUUUUGACUGCUUACUGGAGAAAGCAGUUCAAAAUCACCGCGCCUGGUCUACGGAAAGGUGGAUAUCGGCCCAUGGCUCAUCUGGAGAUGGAGAUUUCCUCCUUCCAGAAAGACGAACACGACCCAGAAAUUCAUGGAGAGCGCAUCCGCAACGUGGAAGAGUUCCGAUCUGCCGCAGAGCGAAUGGAAGGAUCCCGAGAUGUUGGGGCACAGCUGUUCACGGCGCUUCUUCGGGCCCUGGCAAUUGAAGCCCGUCUAGUCGCAAACCUACAACCUCUUGGCUUUGGCUGGACCAAAGCAGAGAUUUACACUGUCAAACCGAAAGUGGAAGAGGGGGCUGUCUCGGAUAAGACAGAACCAGAGGCUAUAGUUGGUCUAGAAUCAGACAGCAGUGAUUCAGACAUCGCGCCUUCUGGUAGAAGCAACAGCGUGAAAAAGUACGACAAAGAUCUUCCCUUUCCUAUCUAUUGGACAGAGGUAGCUUCACCGGUCACCCACGAGAUCAUUCCAGUCGAUCCAUUAAUACUGUCAAAUCCUGUGGCGACCACGCCGGAGCUGCAGGCUGCGUUUGAGCCUCGCGGAUCCAAAGCGGAAAAGGCCAAGCAGGUGAUAUGCUACGUUGUGGCGUACUCUUCCGACAAGACAGCCAAAGAUGUGACGACCCGCUAUCUUCGCCGUCGAACUUGGCCGGGUAAGACCAAAGGUUAUCGCAUCCCAGUGGAGAAAAUCCCUGUCCCUGGCCGAAAGGGGAAGUCCUACGAGUAUGACUGGUUUCGCACCAUCAUGCGGGUGUAUGAGCGUGCGCACAAGGACCGGACAGCAGUCGAUGACAUCGAGGAUGCCAAAGAUCUUCUCCCCAAUCAGCCAGAGAAGAAACAGGUCAAGGAAGGGGACACACUGCAGAGCCUCCGCUCAUCGACCGAGUUCGUCCUGGAGCGUUUUCUGCGCCGCGAGGAAGCCCUUCGGCCCGGUGCGCAGCAUGCCCGCACUUUUACCACGGGCAAAGGUGACAAGGCGAAGGAAGAAAAGGUCUACCGGCGGGCGGACGUGCUCAAGUGUCUGUCGGCUGAAAGCUGGCACAAGGAAGGGCGCCAAAUCAAGGUGGGAGAAGCGCCGCUGAAACGAGUUCCGAUCCGCGCCGUCACCCUGCUGCGCAAGCGGGAGGUAGACGAGCUGGAGCGUGAGACAGGCGAAAAGCCGAAACAGGGCCUCUAUGCCAAGUAUCAAACCGAGUAUAUCAUUCCACCACCGAUCCGCGACGGGAUCAUCCCUAAGAACGACUACGGUAACAUCGACUGCUUCGUGCCCAGCAUGGUGCCGCGCGGGGCCGUCCACAUCCCUUGGCCAGGCACCGUGCGGAUCUGCAAGAAACUUGGCAUCGAUUUCGCAGAAGCUGUGACCGGCUUCGAAUUUGGAUCCAAGAUGGCCGUCCCCGUCAUCCAGGGCGUGGUGGUGGCCGCCGAGAACGAAGACCUCGUCAAAGAUGCCUGGCGCGUCGACGACGCCGAGAAACGCAAGAGAGAGCAGCUCAAGGCCGAGAAGCGCAUCCUGCAGACAUGGCGCAAGUUCCUCUUCGGAUUGCGCAUCGCCGAGCGCGUCCGCGAAGAGUACGGGCCUGGCGGCGGCGAUGACGACGCCGACCUCGACAUGGAACGAGACUCACACAAUCCGUUCGCAAGUCGACAGUCGAGAAGUCAACCUCAGGGGCCGCUUCCCGCCCAGGAAGCGCUGCGCGAGUCCUCGGAAGAACCAGCUGACCGUGGCGGUGGAUUCCUUCUUCCUGGCGAAAAUGAUGGCGACGAUGGUGACCUGGUGGUCGAAAGCCAUCCACCGCGCCGAACCCGUUUGUCCCUUCACGAAGGCGAAGAGCGAGACAAGGAAGAAGAAGAGGAGGAGGAGGAGGAGGAGGAGGAUGAGGAUGAGGAUGAGGAAAUGCGCGACAACGAAGCCAUCAGCAUCAGCUCAGAUGAGGACGAGGAUCUCUCCUCCCCGCCACAGAUCCCAGACUCUGAAGACGACGAACCGUUGUCUUCUGAAUAUGAAGCACCCCCGACGCGCAGGCGCACCCGGAAUGCCGGUAAAGGGGCGAGGUGA